AUGAGCAGCUCCGGCUCCCGCCUGUGGACUUGCUCCCGAUGUCUGCGUGUACAGAAACUGCGGGGUACAUCUGUCGAGUCCAAAGCCAGGCCGGUUCGUCGCAGUCGCCACCCUUUUUGCACAACCGCCGUCUCUCGGGGUGAUGCGACCACGGAGACCAAAAAAGAUGUUACACGUCGAUCGAAGGAUGGCACUCAGGCUGCAGAAGAGCAAGGAGCCAUGUCUCGCAGGCUGGCCGAGAUGGCAGAGGAGACAAUCGACACUGGGAGCAAAAGCGACCGCAAGUUGAUGCACGACGCGGGUUUCUCGGAGGAGUUAAAGCAACAGCUGGAAGAGAAGAUAGCUCAGACGAGCUUCGACGCGCAGAAUCAACGCGCUGCGAGCCAAGUGAACAUGCCUAGCUCGGCAGGGAAAGGCACCCGCGACAUCGCCGGCGCAGACCCAUGGACCGGGAGCGAAUCCCUCCAUGACUCGGCCCUCCGCAUGCUCGACGACAGCCACAAGAGACUCCGCACACCCUACAAGCCUCCUCGCCCUCAGCCUGUGAACUUGCGGCCCGCGCCGAAGAAGAAUGUCUCGGCGGCAGACCGGCUCGCCAAUGCGCGCGACAAAACCUCCAUAUAUGCAUUCAGCCAGCAGAACGACAUGUCCGAACAGGAACGUGAGAAAUGGCGCAAAGAACUGAAAGAUCGCUUCUCCCCCGGCGCCCGACCCAUGCCGACUACAAUCACGGGGUUGACGAGUCUUGCGAACGAGCGCAUCGAGGACGCCAUCGCGAGAGGCCAGUUCAAAAACCUGCCGCGAGGCAAGGGCAUCAACGUGGAGCGCGACUACAAUGCCAACAGUCCGUUCUUGGACACGACCGAGUACUUCAUGAACAAAAUCAUCCAGAAGCAGGAGAUUGUGCCCCCGUGGAUUGAGAAGCAACAAGAACUCGUCAAAGCGGUGGCCAGCUUCCGAGGACGGUUGCGGAAUGAUUGGAAAAGACACGCCGCUAGAAUGAUAAGUAGUCGGGGUGGAUCUGUGCAGGAUCAAGUCCGGCGCGCGAGGGGAUACGCUCUGGCGGAAGAACGCGUGAAUCCGAGACCGUUGCGACGGGUGGAGAACUUUUCACAUAUAGCCAGCGACGGCACUUUAACUACUGUUACCGUGGAGGAGAAGAUCGCUGCCGGUGUGUCGGCCGGUGAGCUUGAACCUCAGGCACAGAACAAGGCGGACGAGCUGCUGGAGCACGAGCAAAACCGGGAUCACAACCAGGAGCCUGGCCAGGAGCAGGUGGAGAUCCAAAUCACCGAGCGACCCGCUGAGGAUGCUCCCAUCGCUACAAGCGGUGUGUCCGCGGCGCCGGUGUCAGCGAUCACAAGCCCGACACCCCCUACCGGAACAUCUUCGUCCUCCUCCUCCUCUCCCUCUGUUCCUCCCGUCCUCCCUAUGCAGCACCCCUUCCGCGAUCCAGCCUGGCAGAACACCGAACUGGCAUACCACACGCUCGCGGUCCAGGAACUCAACGCCCUGACGCGCUCGUACAACCUCAUGGCUCCCAAGAUCGCCCAGAAACCCUACUUUACACUACAGCGUGAAUUGGACCGCUGUUUUGCGGACGUGGCGCCCCUGCUGGGUGAUGAGAUCUUGGAGCGCAGUCGCCGACCCGCAAAGAUCAGGGUCGAGGUGCGCGGCCAUCGAGAGGGUGGCGUGCUGGACCGGUUUGGCGAGGAGUGGACCGGCCAUGAGGGCCGAAUUCGAGACGAGAGGGCAGAGAAAGGGUAUGGGUUCCGGGAGUUUUGGAGGGACUUGUUCGGUAAGGAGAGGGGGGAGGCAAAGGGGAGGAGGGAUGUCGUGUAG